CUCCUCCUCUUCAUCAUCGUAUGCUCUUCCUUCGCCGAUUCUCCACGUCCCGUGUUCUCGCCAUGCCGAAGAUUCUUGUCACCCGCAACGUCGGCCACGAGGCCAUGAAGCUCCUGCAGGCGACGCCGUUCGAGCUCGUCGUCAAUCCCGAGGACGCGGAGCCGUCGCGCGAGUGGGUGCUCGAGAAGAUCUCGGACCCCGACGUCGUCGCGGCCUGUAUUAUGCACGGGCAGCCGAGCGACAAGGUCGACGCCGAGCUACUCGAGCGCGCCGGCAAGGGGCUCAAGGUUAUCUCGACGUUCUCGGUGGGCUUUGACCACAUCGACGUCAAGGCGGCGAACGCGCGCGGCAUCAAGAUCGGACACACGCCCGGCGUCCUCUCGGACUCGGUCGCGGACAUCACGACGAUGCUGGUCCUGAUGACGAUGCGGCGCGUGGAGGAGGGCAUCGCGCUCGUCAAGUCUGGCGGGUGGCCGCAGCUCCCGUGGGCGCCGUUCGUCAUGUGCGGGCCGGGGAUGAACCACCCGAACCUGACGAUCGGGUUCUUGGGCUUCGGCCGCAUCUCCGAGUGUGUCGUCGACCGCCUGCUGGCAUUCACGAACAAGGCGGCGCCGCCGAAGAUCGUGUACAACUCGUCGCGGGCGCGUGCGAACCAAGCAGAGAUCGAUGCACGGUUCUCGGAGCGCUGGGGCGUCGACGUGCGCCGCGUCGAAAAGGACGAUGUCGCGGCGCAGGCUGACAUCCUCAUCGUGUUGUGUGCGCUCACGCCCGAGACGACGGGCAUCGUCGACGCCGCGUUUCUCAAGAAGAUGAAGAAGACGGCCGUGCUCGUCAACGCCGCGCGCGGGCCCAUCGUCAACAGCGACGACUUGAGUGCCGCGCUGGACGCCGGCGAGCUCUUCGGCGCAGGCCUCGACGUCAUCACCGGCGAGCCCCACAUCCAGCCAGACCACCCGCUCGUGCUCAACAAGCGCUGUGUUGUGAUUCCGCACAUGGGCAGUGCGGACUACGACACCCGCAACGCCAUGGCGGACUUGUGUGUUCGCAACGCCAUCGCGGGCGCUGAGGGCAAGCCGCUUGUCGCUGAAGUCAAGCUGUAAAGGAGAGCAGAGUCAUAGAUUUUCGGAAGUGUAGACCUUCUGCAGUAGCUGUGGGACAUGGUCGCAGCUGCAUGGUUGCGCGAGC